GCGGUCCCCGGAGAGGCAGCCGCUGCCCUUACUCGUGUUCUCUGAGCGGAACAAAAACAGCCUUCCAACAAACCUAAAAGCUCCACCUCUACUCCCCCGUGAACUCUUCUCCUAAUUGGCAGCUCGGCGCUUGGGAUGAUGCGGGCGUCUGCGAGCUGGCCCUGCAGUGCCAAGCCGCAGCAUCCCCGUCCAGCUGAAGAGGGAGAGGACUGCCCAGGCUAGACUCUACGGCCGUGAUCCACGGCGCGACCGGCACUGUGCGAAACCGACGGGGACGCCGCCCCUCCUGCGGCUGGAGCGCUUCCAGAGCAGAGGCGCAUCGCAGUGCCGCUCGCCCCGGCGUCCUCCCUUCAGCUCCGGCUCCUCCUCCCCCUUCCAGCCCCGGCUCCUGCAGCCGGCUCCAAGAGGCAGGCGGGCGCGCCUCCCCCUCCUUGUUCUCCCCCUUGUCUCGCUCUCUCGCGGCUAACUUUACGGAGCCCCGACCCGCGGCUCGGAGCUCCCCUGGCAGCUGCGGGGCCCACAGCCAACCUCUGGCGGAGAGCCCAGCUGUCCCCACUAUUCCAUCCCAAGCCCCCGGAGCGCUCCGGAGAGAAGAGGACCAUGUCCCGGGCUGGGAACCGAGGCGAUACUCAGGCGAGAUGGCUGGGCACUGGGCUUUUGGGUCUCUUCCUGCUCCCCAUGUACCUGUCCUUGGAGGUAUCUGUGGGCAAGGCCACCACCAUCUACGCUAUCAACGGCUCAGCAGUCCUUCUGCCCUGCACCUUCUCCAGCUGUUAUGGCUUUGAGAACCUCUACUUCAAGUGGUCCUACAAUAACAGCGAAACAUCCAAGAUUCUCAUCGACGGGAUCGUGAAGAACGAUAAGUCUGACCCUAAGGUGAGAGUGAAGGACGACGACCGAAUCACCCUCGAGGGCUCCACUAAGGAGAAGAUGAAUAACAUCUCCAUUCUCUUGAGUGACGUGGAGUUCAGUGACACGGGCAGAUACACCUGCUUCGUGAGGAACCCCAAGGAGAAGGAUUUGAACAACUCUGCCACCAUCUUCCUCCAAGUGGUUGAUAAAUUGGAAGAAGUGGACAACACGGUGACUCUCAUCAUCCUGGCUGUGGUGGGCGGGGUCAUUGGACUUCUCGUGUGCAUCCUGCUGCUGAAGAAGCUCAUCACCUUCAUCCUGAAGAAGACCCGAGAGAAGAAGAAGGAGUGUCUUGUGAGUUCCUCUGGGAAUGACAACACAGAGAACGGGCUGCCUGGCUCCAAGGCAGAAGAGAAGCCACCCACAAAAGUGUGAGGCCCUGCUCGGGCCAAGCAGGGCAGGGAGCCUCGCUUUCUGAUGGUGAUCCUGAUGCCAACUCCUGUCUGAGAUGUGUGCUGCUUGGCCCAAACUGUUCUUUCUGAGCAGGAAGGACCUGCCCCUGCUCAGCUGCCAUUCUCUCCCCAGCCAGGGCUUCCUAGGGACAAGGGUUGACUGGGGGAGGAAGCCUACAGGAGAUUGGAGACAGGGAAGGGAGGGGCUGGAGUGGUGGGGAAGGUUUGGUCCCGGAUCCUGGUCACGUGGGGUCUCCUUUAGACUUUCUCCUCUGGGAAGCCUUGCUUUCUCCCCAGUUUUCCUUCUGAUCUUUCACCGGGAAAUCGGGGUGAUCAGUGAGGGCUGCUCCCACAGCUGGGGUUUGGAGACGGGUAGAGGGCGACCACUUCAGAAGCUGGGGAUACACAAGAACUCUGGGAUGGUGUCUUCUGGGGGGUUGUGAGAGGCAAGCUGGGCUCUGAAGAAUAUCAGGCUUCUGGAAGUUCCUUCAGAAAGGACUUCUGUUCCCCUACCCUAGAAUACCUGCUCACACUGUCCCGGCUCCCCGACCAGCCUCUUCCUGCUGCCUACCUAGCCUGUCUUUGCUUUCUGGGCUGCAGCUGCUGAGGAGGCUUGUGGGGAGGGGCAGCCUCCACCCUCCUGGAGCACUGGGGUGCUCCAUCCUUCCUGGAGCACUGGGGUGCUAUUUGCAGCUAUCCUGGCUUGGCUCUUUGGGUUUCAGAGGUAGGAGAACAGUGCCCCUGGCCUCCCAGCCUUUGGAAUGUCUACCCCAGCCCUACAAGACUGACAGCCCUUAUCCUUGGCAUGGCAGGACCAUGCCACCCUGACCCUUCUGGAGCUCAGUCUCCCACACUUCUUCCCUUCCCUUGAGACAGCUGGCAUUGCCACCUUCCCUGAGGGAUGCUUUCCUUGGACUUGACAUCCCAUCCCUUUGCUCCUUCUAUGUCCAUCCAGCAUGCCUGGCCUCCCCGUGUCCCCGGCCACCCAGCUCUGGGUCUGCCUUUGUCUCAGGGACCCUUGUUUCCAGAUGAGAAGGCCCUUGGCUUUUCCAGCUUCUUUUUGCCCAGCUGGGCCAACUCCUCACCCAGCCUGAGGCUGAGGAGGAGCUGGGAGAAAGUACUCACACCUUCUAUUGACUUCUGGCAGAGCCUGUUUGCACACCCCUGAGUGUGGGGCUAGAUUGUGCCUUAGCCCCCUGAGUCCUGGUCCUGAGCCCCCUUUUCGUUCGGCUCACACUCCCUGACUUAAUUGCACAGCUUGGUGUGACUCUAGUGGGGCUCCCCAGCUCCCUACCCCAAAGCCACGGAGGAGACCAUGAAGCCGGGGUUGUGGCAUAAACAACGGCUCCGUGGCUGGUGGCGGUCUUGGUGACACCUGAGGGGCAGCCUUUCUUGUCCCUGACAUGGAGAUAGGAUGGCAUUUGAUGCGGAACCUUCAGAUGGGUUUGAUUGCGUGCGAACCGUAGUGCUAGCUAGGGUUCCUGUGACGUGUGAGAUGGGAUACCCAAGCUCCCUCUUCCUCAUUGGAUUUCUGAUACCCUGGAUAUGACAGAAGAUGGAGGGAGACUAGUCCUCUUUUCGGGGGGGUGUAAGGACGGCUAUACACUCUGCCCAGGAGUAGCUGAAGGUUCCCCCAAAAUAAAAGUUGGGAGAUCCUAAGGCACAGUGGGAUCUGUAGGUGCCUGUGGCUUUGGCUAGUGUCUCUUGUCCAAGCCUGGGGGCUCUUGGGGUUGCCUCGUCUCUUCCCGUUCUUCUUUACCCAGAACUCAUGUGAGCUGGGUAAAAAUUACCCAUCUCCUGCUUUUUAAAUAUUUAUUUGAGCAGAGUCUCAUAUGUGGCCCAGGCGGGCCUCCACCUCUCUAUGUAGCCAAGACUGGCCUUGAACUCCUGCCUCCCUUGCCACAGCACUGGGAUGACAGGUGUGAGCCCACACCUUGCUUAGGGUAACCUGGCUCUGAGAACAAACACGGCACCCGAGCCUCCAGCCAUUCAGGAAACUUCCAGCUGCCUUCAUGUAAAACUGCUUUCUCCCCCGACACCGGAAGAGGCCAAGUGUUGGGGGUUCUUCUUGCUUUCCUGAGAGGAAGCCGAGGCAUAGAGCAGGAGAGAGGGAGGGACUCCCCCUUCCCACCUUCCUGCUCACUGUCAGCUUAUAGGCAGCCCUUGCAGCUUCUCCCAUCUACCCAAAGGGUGAAAUAAUACCUACCUCACAGGACUGCAGUGAGGCUUGGUGAGGUUUUCAUGUUUUUUUUUUUUUUUUUUUUUUUUUGCCUGGAUUGGAAAGGCACUGGGAAACAAGGCUGAUAACUGGAGAGAACGCUCCAUAUCUGUCCUGUCCUCAUCUCUGGUUUGCAUCCCGGUCACAUGCAUACACCUCAUUCUUCUUCCCUUUGCAACUUUAGGCAUUGUGACUCAGAUGCUUAAAGCAUCUUUGUCCGCCGCAGUUCUUUUUUUUUUUUUUUUUUUUGAGGUACCUGAGACUACGGGAGUACUUUUUUAUAUUGUUGUUGCCCCAAUGCCUGUGAUUAAAUACUAGCGUUUCAUGGAUAGGGAUUAAGAGCACAAAUAUCAGUUCUCUUAACAAAGGAUGUCUGGUCCUAGUGCUAGCGGCAUGGUCCUAGUGCUAGCGGCACGCCUGGGCGGGCAUUGCCACGGAUUGUGUUAGAAUGUAUAUUUGCAAAGCCAUUUCCCCUAGCCAGAUCCUCUGACAGGCAAGUCUUCAAUAGCCAUCUCAGGGUUGCUGAGGGUGUUCCCUGUGCCCAGCGGGCUACAGUACCUCUCAUACGGUUGACUUUGGGAAACCUGGACCCAUGCAGUUGUGUUGACCUUGAUGUCAGUGAGACCAAAGACAAAGCACAAGUACCUUACCCUUGACUUCCAAAUGAACUUCUGCCCUCGAGGGCUCAGA